CUUUUGGGACACAGACCACUUCUCUUAUCAUCUCUCCUUUCUGUCUUUCCAUGUCCCAUUCCACUCAGCAUCACAAUAGGCCAGCUAAUGGUCCGGUGUGCUGUUCUGUCCCCAUACUGUUUCUCAAUAGGCCAGGUAAUGAUCAGAUAGUCAGUUUGCUAAUGUAUCUUGUUUAGGUUCAUUCAUACACCCCCUUCUUUACCCUAUCUCCUUCACAGGGCCAUUCUCACCUCCUCCCACCCCUGGUAACACCUCAGGUCUCAUUGGGCAUGUAACCCCCAAGACCAAUCACUGGCUGGGGAAACACCCCCCAACCCCCCACACACACCUAUACAUACAUCCAUGAUAAGUGAGAUUUUUUUACAUUGUAGUAUUUAAGCUCACUCCAGACACUGAAACCGAUAGACUUGUGUUCACUAAAGUGUGCUUCCUGCUGCUGGACUUGCCACAGAGGACAAUUCUUCUUCUUCUGGCUAUUUGAUGUAGCCAUUACAGAGAAACUGACACUUUUACUGAGGGACAAAAUGGCCUCUUGGUCCUUCUUCCAAGAAGAGGAUUUCCUCUGUCCCGUGUGCUAUGAUAUCUUCAGGGAUCCUGUGGUUCUCCCUUGCAGCCACAGUGCCUGUAAGACCUGCAUGGAGGAGUACUGGAAGUAUAAAGACGACCGGGAGUGUCCAGUCUGCAGGAAAAGUUCCUCCAUGCCUUUACCAGCAGUCAGCCUCACCCUGAAGAGGCUGUGUGAGGGGUUCCUACAGGAGAGAAACUCCAGAGAUGCAGAGCCUGGAUCUGAGAGGCUCUGUGGUCAACACAAAGCAGAACUCAAGCUCUUCUGUCUGGAGGAUGAACAGCCUGUCUGUUUGGUGUGUCGCGACUCAAGACAACACACAGGACACAAGUUCUGUCCCAUAGAUGAAGUUGUCCAGGACCAGGAAGAGAGAGUAAAGGCUGAACUGGGGCCCCUGAAGGAGAAGCUGAGACUUUACACUGACGCCAAACGAACCUGUAGUCAAACAGAAAAAUACAUGAUGAUAUUUGGUGGGUGGGGUUUCCAGACACAGACUGCAGAGACACACAGGGAAAUCAAGAAAGAGUUUCAACAUCUUCAUCAGCUUCUCGUAAAGGAAGAGGAGGCCAGGAUAAACGCUCUGAUAGAGGAAGAGAAGGAGAAGACUAGGAUGGUAAAGGAGAAGACUAAGGAGAUUAGCAAAAUAAUCUCAACUCUUUCAGACAAGAUCCAAGCUGUAGAGGAGCGUCUAGAGGGCGACCAUGUUACCUUUCUGCAGAGAUACAAGUCCAUUCUACACAAGGCCAGAGCCCAGAGCACGUUUCUGGAUCCACAGCUGGUCUCAGGAGCGCUGGUAGAGGUGGCCAAACACCUGGGCAACCUGCAGUUCAGAAUUUGGAAGAAGAUGCAGGGAGAUAUGAAAUACUAUCCGGUGGUUCUGGACCCCAACACAGCCCAUCCAGACCUGCUGGUGUACCCCGAUAUGGUCACGUUCAGAUCCAGAGACUCUGAGGAGAGAGAAGAGAUGAAGACGCUGGUUCCUGACUCCCCAGAGAGGUUCAACCUCUAUGAAGGAAUCCUGGGCUCUGAGGGCUUCCAUUCGGGAACACACACCUGGGAAGUGGAAGUCAGGAAUGAAUAUCUCCAGAGAUACGACUACAUCAGUGACUGGGCCCUGGGGGUGGUGGAGGAGUCUGUGUCCAGGAAGGGCGUGAUAGAGAAGGGAGGCUGGAGAUUAGAACAACAUGGAGGAGUUUACACCGUACGCUCUGUCCCCGAACCUCUCAUCACCCUCUCAUUGAAGCUGAGACAGGAGCCCCUGAGGAUCAGAGUGACAUUGGACUGGGACGGAGGAACGCUGACCUUCUCCGAUCCGCAUUACAACGAACAUCUCCACACGUUCACACACACCUUCACAGAGAAAGUGUUUCCCUAUCUGAGCAGUGGGUGUGAGACCUGUACCUUGAGGAUCUUGCCAGUGAAGGUCAACGUAGCGGCUGAACAGCCCAGAUGACACCUCUGUGUACCACCUUUUGUAUAUUAAAACCUCAUUAUUUGUUUGAAA